AUGAACAGUAAUUUUUUACCGCCAGAAUAUCAAUUUAGACUAUUAGGUCUAGAAAAAGAGUUACGUGAUGGUGAUAUAACCGAAAAAGGAUUUGAAAAGAAAAGAAAUGCUCUAUUUGAAGAAUAUAGAAAUUAUCAUAAUCUAAAUUAUCGAAAUGUUCAACAAUAUGAUGUUGGCAAAAAUCCUAAUACUUAUCAAAAUAUUCAACCAAAUAAUUUUCUUGAUCAACCAAGAUUUGUAACAUCUGGUGGAAUACGAAAUCCUUCACCAAUACCUCAAUUAACUUAUUCGGGUCCACAACAUCCAAAAGUUCUUUCACCUCCUCAUUCUACUUCUUUACCUCCACCUCAUCAACAUUUACCACCAAUAAAUAGAAAUGUUAGUCCUGAUCUGGAUAUAAUUAAAAAUCGAACUCAGAGUGGUGAUCAAUUACAUUCUCGCGGACCUGAUUCACAAUUUUCAGGAAACGGUCCAUUUACAACAUCUCCUUCAACAUCUCCUUCAAAUCAUAAUAAAUUACCACCACUCCCAAUUAACAAUAGAUCACAAGUAAUAUCUUCAUCAAACAAUUAUGGAAGUUCACAUUAUCGGCCUAUGUUACCUGUUGCCCCAGUAUCAUCACAAAACCAUCUUUUACCCUCACAACAUAAUGUUCAACAUUCUACAUCUCAUAAAUUUUAUCCUCAAGGUCAACAACAACAGUUUGGAGGUGCUCCGAUGAAUGUAGGUGGUGUUCCAAUGAAUAUGGGUGUUGCUCCAAUGAAUAUGAGUGGUGCUCCAAUGAAUGUAGGUGGUGUUUCAAUGAAUAUGGGUGGUGCUUCAAUGAAUAUGGGUGGUGUUUCAAUGAAUAUGGGUGGUGCUCCAAUGAAUGUAACUAGACCAAUACAACAACCACAAUACCAUGUUAUGGGACCCGCAAUACCACAAACAAGCUUAGGAGUUGGUGCAGGAAAUCUAUCAACACCAGGAGGAAUCAAUAGAACUCAUAAGAUUAUUAUGGAAGAUAGAAAUAUUGGUGGUGGUAAUGAAAUUAAUCCAAGGCCAAGUUUGGAUGUUAGUGAUACGGCAAGCAUCAAAGGUUAUUCAAGGAAUAAUCUUGAUUACGAUUAUGACGAUAAUGUUUCAAUCAGAAGCGCAAGAUCAAAUAUUAUUGGAUUUUCAAAUUCAGAUACGCCGGCAUAUGAAGGAUUUACUCAACUUGAGGAUGACCCCGGAAGAAACGUAGGAAAUCGUAUGUCGAUGUAUAACCCUCGAUUUAUAUCUGAUCCUUUAGGAGAUUCAGCUUCAUUUGAUAAAAGUUUAUCAAAAUUGGCAGGACAACAAUUUAUGCCAUUUGAACCUCGUGAAAUACCAUUUGAUUGUCUCGAUCCAUUAGAUCCAACGAAAUCUCUUGGUUCAUUUCCUGAUAUUGCAUCAAUUUUACGAUAUCGUGGACAAGCCACACCAAAACAACAAGCAUUUUUAGUAUUAGAUCAAAAAGGACGUGAAAUUGGUGAUUGGACAUGGGAAAAGCUUUAUUUGCGGGCUGGAAAGAUGGGUCAAAUAAUUUUGAGGGAAGGUAAAUUGGCCAAAGGUGAUAGAGUAGCUUUAAUUUAUCGCAAAAAUGAAAUUCUUGAAUUCUUAGUAUCAUUAUAUGGAUGCUUUUUCGCGGGUGUCGUGGCAGUUCCUAUUAAUGCUGUUGAAGAAUUUAGUGAAUUAUUAUUCAUUCUGGAAAGUUCCGAUACGAAAUUAGCAUUAACAACAGAUCAUAAUCUUAAAGCAUUUACAAGAGAUUUAGCACAACAAAAAAAAGAAUUACCAGCAAAUGUACAGUGGUGGAAGACAAAUGACUUUGGAUCUUUGAAUUUAAAGAAAGAUGAAUUAGAUCAUAUUGAUUGCACAGAAUUAGCAUAUAUGGAAUAUACAAAAAGUCCAAAUGGAGAAUUAAAAGGUGUUGCAAUAAGUCAUAGAACUAUUAUUGCACAAUGUAAUGUUAUGAGAGCAUCUGUCGUUGACGAUAAUCAAGUGCAACAAAUGUUGAAAUAUUCAAAAAUCUUUUCAGAAAAUCCAAUAAAUCAAGCACAUAAAGGUGGAGAAAAAACAAAUAUAAGAUAUUCGGAUAUUCUAUUGACAUAUUUAGAACCAAGACAACAGGUUGGAUUAAUUUUGGGAGCUCUUUGGGGAGUUUAUUGUGGAAAUAUUACAAUAUUUUUGAAUAGUCUUGGACCUGACACUCCAGGACUUUGGGUUAAUAGUAUUCAUAAAUAUCAAGUCACAAUAGCAUUAGCAGAUUAUCCAGGAUUAAAACCAAUUGUUAAAUCUUUUCGAACUGAUCCAUCAGCAACUUUGCAAUAUCAUAAAAAAGUAAUUCCUAGUUUAAGUUCUUUGAGAUUCCUAUUUGUUGAUACAAUGUCUAUUGAUAUUUCUGUUAAUCAAGAAAUAAUUGAAAACUUACUUACUCCAUUAAAUUGUUUAUAUCCAAAAGAUGUAUUGACAGCUUUAAUUAGUUUAUCUGAACAUGGUGGGAUGAUAUUAAGUUUUGGAGAUUUAAUAGGUGUAAAGGGAUUGGAUGAAAUGAAAGAAGGGGAAAGAGGAAUUAAAGAAUUUUUAUUAUAUAGAGAAGAAUUAAAAGAAAAUAAAAUAGUUAUAUUUCCGGAUGACAGAAAAGAUGAAAUUUCAGAUAAAGAAGUGAUAAAAGUUGGUGCUUUUGGGUUUGUUAUGCCUGAAGCUACAAUUGCUGUAGUUGAUCCCGAAACAACAGCAUUAUGUUUACCAAAUAAUGUUGGCGAAAUUUGGGUUGAUUCACCAUCUUUAUCUGGUGGAUUUUGGAAUUUACCUAAACAUACUGAAUUCAUAUUUCAUGCUAAGCCAAUAUUCGUGCCUGGCGAUACAAUGCAACCUGGAUAUUUUGAUCAAGAAUUUUUACGUACAGGAUUAUUAGGAUCAUUGGUUAAUGGACAAUUGAUUGUGUUUGGAUUAUAUGAACAUAGAAUAAAACAAUUAGUUGAAGAGAAUCCUGAUGCUCCUAAAAAAUUAGUUGUAGUUAACCCAGAUAAUGAAGUCAAAGCGGAUGAGGAGGAGGAACCACCAGAGAAAUAUAAAUAUCAUUAUACUUUGGAUUUAGAGAAUACCAUACGGAAAAGGAUUGAGAAGGUUUCGGAAUGUGUUGUCAUUGAAAUCUACAUAAAUGAUCAAAAUCUUCCAGUUUUAAUCGCGGAAGCUGAUUCACAACCCGAACUCUUACCAAGUCUUGGCAAUGAAAUUUAUAACAUAUUAUUUGAAUAUCAUGGUUUGAAAUUAUAUUGUGUAUCGAUAUGUUUACCGUCUUCAUUACCUAGAAUCUGGAAGAAUGGUAAAAAAUUGUUGAAUCCAGUAUCAUGUAAGAAGGCAUUCGAAUGGGGUAAAUUGAAAGUUCUUUAUGUGAAAACGUGGGUUGAUACCGUUGUUAAUAUUCCUGCCGGUGUAGAUGCAUCUGGAAUAUGGGGAACAUAUGCUAGAUCUGAAAGAGAUGGACUUAUCAAUGGAGUUGGAAUUUCGCGAAGACCACAAAUUAUGGCUGUAGGAAGUCCUUCAGAAGUAUUGGAUGAACGUACAGGAAUUAACAUGUUGGAAUUCCGAUCUAUUGUUGACGUUUUAUUAUGGAGAUCUGAAAUAACUCCUGAAGAGGAUGCUUAUAAAUUAUUGGAUGUACGUGGUAAAGAUUCGAAAGCUCUAUCUUGGAAGAAACUAAAUAAUCGUAUCGCCUCUAUAGCAAACUUUUUACAAAAGAAAGGAUGCAAAGCUGGGGAUCAUGUGAUAUUGAUGUUUCCUCAAGGAUUAGAUUUUGUGUGUACGGUUUAUGCAUGUAUGGUACUUGGUAUUAUUUCCAUACCUUUAGAUAAGUUGGAACCAAGUAGAGUUAGUGAAGAUAUACCGGCAUUAUUCGGAUUGAUUGAAGAUUUUAAAAUUAGUUUUAUUAUAUUAAAUAAUGAAAUUGAAGCUUUAUUCAAAAAUAAAACUAUUCAAAAUUUCAUUAAAACAAUUACUUCCUCAUCACAACCAAAAUUUCCAGGUAAUCAAAAUGGUGGAAUAACAAAAUUAUCACCAUUUAUUAAUGUAUCAAAAACACCUAAAUUCAACAAAUUACUCAAAGAAUCAAAUUAUGUAAUGAAAGAAGAAUGGUUAAAUCCAAAUUGGACAGCUAUAGUUAUGUGUUACUUUAGUGCAGAUCAGCGAAGAAACUGUGUUAAGUUAGGUCAUGACACUUUAUUAGCAUUAUGUAAAGUACAAAAGGAAACAUGUAGAUUAACGAGUAACAGAGCUGUAGUCUCUUGCGUUCGAGGAUUUUCUGGUAUCGGAUUUGUUCAUACAUGUUUAAUAGGAAUAUAUUUAGGAUCACCAACAAUGUUGUUGACACCGUUUGAUUAUUCCACAAAUCCAUUGAUAUGGUUUGAAACUAUGUCUAAAUAUAAAAUUAAAGACUCGUACGCAACUUUCCUAAUGUUGCAACAUGCAAUAACAACAUUUGAAAAUGUCGAUUACAGAACUUUUUCAUUGCAACAUUUGAAAAAUUUGAUGAUACCAAUAGAAAAUAGGCCAAAUGCUAAUUUCUCCAAUCGAUUAGACGACGUUGCUCUAAAUUAUGUUUAUAGUCAUGUAGCUAAUCCAAUGGUAACGGCCCGGUCAUAUAUGUGUGUUGAGCCAAUAGAAUUGUAUUUGGAUUUAAAAAGUUUACGGAGAGGUAUUGUGAAAAUAGUGGAUCCCGAAGAAGAACCAUUUGGAAUUUUGAUACAUGAUAGUGGAAUGGUUCCAGUGUCCACUAAAAUAGUUAUAGUUCACCCAGAAACUCGACGUCCAUGUCUAACAAAUGAAUUUGGUGAAAUCUGGAUUUCAUCAGAUGCAAACGCGAAAUCUUCAUACGGAUCAAAUGAUCCGUUAGAUCGCGAAAGAUUUUGUGCGCAUAUUGAUGGUAAUGCUAGUAUGGGAAUUGGGCCCCGUACGCCAUUCUUACGUUCAGGGGAUUUAGGAUUUAUACACACUGUACAUAAACCAGUUGGAGAUAAUGGUGCUUUAGUGGAAUUUCAAUGUUUAUUCUUCUUAGGACCCAUUGCAGAAACCUUUGAAGUUAAUGGAUUAAUGCAUUUCCCCAUGGAUAUUGAAUUUACGGUAGAGAGAUGUCAUCAUAUGAGUCUUCCCGGUUUGAUUACUUUCGAUGGAUGUGUGACAUUCCAAACAAAUGGCGAAACAGUCUGUGUUGUCGAAGUUCGAUCGGCUGAUGGAAUACUUAAUUUAGUUCCAUGUAUUCUGAAUGCCAUAUUGGAUGAGCAUCAAUUUAUUAUUGAUGUGAUAGUUUUUGUUAAGUCUGGUUCACUACAAAGAUCAAGACUAGGUGAAAAACAAAGGGCAAAAGUAAUGACUAAUUGGUUAAAUGGCAAUCUAGACACAAUACAUGUUCAUUAUGUAAAGCCUCCACCAACUGAAUCGUCUUCACAAGCUCUCCCUACAUAUCAACAACCAAGCGUAAUACUUCAACAACAAUAUUUGGUUGCCACAAAUCCUUCACCUGUAUCAUCUCAAAGCAAUAUUAGUAAUAUUGCAUCACAAGGAAAUACAUCACGUCCUAACUUAUUUAAUUCAAAUAAUAGUGAAACUAAUUUUGCAAAUGGACAAAAUUUAAGAUGGUCAUCUUCACAAGAAUCAAUGGGUGAAGCUGGUGAUCAUUCAGGAAGAUAA